GCUCUGCACCAGAGCCAUCCAUUGACGCCAACCAAGCAACGUUGCCGCUCAGUACAUGAGCGCCCUCUUGCGGUUUUAUCUGAACAUGCAAUAUUCCAGACUGCAUGUAACAACAUGGCCAGACGGUGCAUCUUUUGCACCAUUGCCCGUGGAGAAGAGCCCAAGACAACGCUGCUUCAUGAGGAUGAGAGAUUUGUGGCAUUCCGAGACCGAAGCCCUGCAGCUGCACACCAUUACCUGAUCAUCCCCAAGGAACACAUGGGGAACCCAGCUACACUAACUAAUAAAGAUAUACCCUUAGUUGAGUCCCUGGCUGAGGUUGGGAACAAGGUUCUACAGGAGCAGGGAGGGAACAUGGAGGAUAAGAGACUGGGCUUUCACUGGCCUCCCUUCAACAGCAUUGACCACCUCCACCUGCAUGUGUUGUCUCCAGACAGUCAGAUGGGCUUUCUCUCAAGACUGGUGUACCGCCCUGCCUUCUGGUUUGUAACGAUAGACAAGCUACUAGAGAGACUGCAGGCCGUGCCUGGAGAUCAGCAGCCCUCACCACCUUCCUCCACAUCCCAGCAACAGUCUGAGACUAAAGCUGAAGGAGAGCAGUCAUAGGGGAGAUUUCUCUCUUAAGUCCCUGUCACGCAUACAAUUUGUACCGUGGUUGUGAGUUAGUGGUAACUGAGGUUAUCUGUGUGUACGUGGUUGGCAGUUGAAAGAUUUGUUGAAAGAUCUGUUCCAACCUACUGAAGAUGUUGACAAAUCAAUGUUCGGAAAGUCUGUUUGGAUGCAAUCAGAGGAAUGAACUAGAGCUAUGAGAUUGUGAAGUGCAAGUGGUUUUACAACAGCCUCAUGCUUAAUCGAAUGAGUUGAAAUUUGGCACAGGUAAAAGGCAUAUGUUCUGUAGAUCUUGCGAUUGAAAUCUCCAAUGUGUUAUUCGUUACUUUGGGGAGCAUACAAAGUUGUGGGAAGGUUUUGAAUGAGUGACAGGGGCUAAAGAAAGACCUGAUAUGAAGACAAAUGCAGUGUGAUUAAGAAUUCAAAAGUACAUAAUUGUAUUAUGAACAGUAUCAUAUAGUUAUCAACAGGUCUUAAAAGCAAAACAACAACACAAUUGGGGGUAUGUUAUUACUUAAUAAGUCUUCUUGUAUGUAAAGUCAAUGUCAACUAGAGUUAACAACGGAUAAGGCUCAGAGGGCUUGUGUGGACAACUCAUUAUUUAAAAAAAAAGUUGCAUAUCAAACUAAGUACUGAUACAUGUAGAUUGUACAUUUUAAAUAUGU